UAAUAUUAAGCAUUAAAGCGAAAUGAUUUCUGAAACUGAAAGACAAACCAAAUCCACGACUUUCAUCAUUCCAGUGAACCUCACAUUCCUGACGAAACCAUCGCCUCCGCGAAACCAACCCAGCUGGGAAACCUCAUUUCCAAACGUCCUCGUUCUCAUCGGAGAUCGGCCUCCGCGAUGGCUUCUUCAUCCGCCGGCAACAACACCGCCGUCCACUCCACUUCAACCCGUUUUCAAUUUUCCCCCGUUGACUCUCCUGCCCGACUCUCUCUCACUCCCGAUCAGUUCGCUCGCUGCUCCGAAGCCCUCUCUUCCUUCAAACAAAAGCUCGAGUCCAACCCACAGCAAAUCACCCAAGAGUUUGCCCACUUGCAGGCCAACCGAAUUCGACCGUCCCAGAUGGCGAAAAGCUGUACGGUCGCUUUAAACAGCGUUAACGUCAGCAAGAACCGCUAUACUGACAUUUUGCCAUUUGACGAUAAUCGGGUUGUUUUAAAUUCGUGUAAGGAUUAUAGACCUUCUGCAAAAGGCUACAUCAAUGCCAGCUUCAUCACGACAUCUUCCUCUGAAAAGGUAUCUCAGUUUAUAGCAACACAAGGUCCUCUGCCUCACACCUACGAGGACUUCUGGGAGAUGAUAAUCCAGUUUCAUUGCCCUGUCAUUGUGAUGCUUACUCGAUUGGUUGACAAUUUUAAGAUGGUAAAAUGCGGAGAUUACUUCCAAGCUGAAGAUGGUCCUAGAGAAUUUGGUAAUAUAUGUAUUGCCACUAAGUGGAUAAAAACUACUGGCAGUUCAUUAGUAUUGCGCAACAUUGAGGUGAAUUACAAAGAGUCAGAAGAUCCACCGAUGUCUGUUUUGCAUAUUCAGUAUCCUGAAUGGCCUGACCAUGGAGUUCCCGAGGACACAUUGACUGUUCGUGAAAUUCUUAAAAGAAUAUAUCUUGUACCACCCAGUCUUGGUCCGAUAGUGGUUCACUGCAGUGCAGGUAUUGGGAGAACUGGGACAUACUGCACAAUUCAUAAUACGAUCCAGAGAAUUCUUGCUGGAGACAUGUCUGCCACGGAUGUUGCUAAUACUGUCUCACUAUUUAGGUCUCAACGAAUUGGAAUGGUUCAAACCAUGGAUCAAUAUGUCUUCUGUUAUGAAGCUAUAGUUGAUGAAUUGGAAGACCUUAUCUCAGAUUUCAAUAACAGUCAAAUCAGCUCAAAGUGCUAGAUCGGUAACUGCUACCUGUGGAUAGAGAAGUCGGAGCUGUGUAGUGUCUUGUUACUUCAUGAAAAUCUCCAGAAAUAUGCGAUUCUGCUGCUGUUACAUGUUCAUUUCCUAGCAAAAGCAAUAACGAUACUGAACAACCAACUCAAUUUGCCUCUGAUGUACGGUUGUUUUUCGAUUGAUGAUGAGGAGAAAAUGUGGGCGAUACAGGAUCAUUCCCUUAUUUUCAAGCUGGGCAAUUUAGGAACCUUACUCAGUUGUGUAGUGCCAAUAAGUUCAUCGUGUUUAAGUGUAACUGUAGGUUCUGUUUUUUUCAGUGUUUCGACUUUUAACAUCUAAUUGUAUUGGUUAGUUUCUCAUUGUUGGAGAUGAUUCUUGUUAAAAGCUGAGUACAUUGACAUGUCUUUCAUUGA